AUGGUGGCUAUGGAUGCUGUUCGUCAAACUCAUAACAACGCUGAGAAGCCAAAUCAUUUGCAGUGUGUGAGGAAUCAACUAGUGCAUAUUAAUUGCACAUGUUAUAGCUACCUUCGAGAUUUUCGUGUGGAAGCUUGUCCUCAGUUUAAACAACAUCAGUGUCAGCAGCAUCGUCCUUAUACUUGUUUUAAUUGGCAUUUUGCAAAUCAGCGUAGACGUCGACCGGUAAGACGAUCAGAUGGUACUUUUAACUACUCAGCUGAUGUGUACUGUGACAGGUAUGACGAAAACACUGGUAUAUGCCCGGAUGGAGAUAGCUGCGGUUUUCUACAUCGUGUAGCUGGAGAUGUCGAGCGUAAGUAUCAUCUUCGGUACUAUAAGACAGCAUUAUGUGUACAUCCUACAGAUGCACGAGGUAUUUGUACUAAAAAUGGUCCUCAUUGUGCAUUUGCUCACAGUGUUCCAGAUAUUCGACAAGCCGUACAUGACUGUCAGGAUAACCAGAAUGGCGCCUUAUUAGAUCCUGAAAAUCGCGACAGAACGAGCUUUGUUGUUGAAGAUCCAUUGUGGCAUGAUCAGGAUCAUGUUUUAUCUUGCUACAAAACUGAACAGUGCAAGAAGCCAGCUCGUCUUUGUCGCCAGGGUUAUGCAUGUCCAUAUUAUCACAACUCUAAGGAUCGUCGACGACCACCUGCUGUCCAUAAAUACCGAUCUACUCCUUGUCCUACAGCAAAGACAGCGGACGAAUGGCUUGAACCAGAACAGUGUGAAAAUGGUGAUGAAUGUGGUUACUGUCACACGAGGACGGAACAACAGUUUCACCCUGAAAUAUAUAAAUCAACCAAAUGUAAUGAUAUGCUUGAUCAUGGUUAUUGUCCUCGUGCUGUAUUUUGUGCUUUUGCGCACCAUGAUUCAGAAUUACAUGUUCAACGUUCACCUUAUUAUCGACCAAGUAACGGUUCUGAUUCCUCUUUACCUCCAAAACAGGCCAGUAGUUCGACGAAUUCAGGAAACGGAGAACAAACAUCAUCUCCAACAGGGCGUUUAGAAAAUAAUAUGGUGCAAACAACAACAACAAUUUCAACACCCACUUAUUCAGCUGUUUUAAAGCAAAAGCAAACACCAGGAAAAAAUAAUUUAUCUAAUGGAGGUGAUGAUGGACUUCCUAGUAGUUAUCCAAAAGCUCCAGGGUUUGAACGUCCUCAGCGUGUAGCUGAUAGUGCUAUUGGUCGCAUACGAACUUCCUCAUUAAAUAUGGGGCAACUCGAUUUAGGUUAUUCUGUUACGAGCGCUAAUGAAACUGUCGUAUCCUCUUUGCCUACUUUUUCAACGUUGGGUACAGUGACUCGAUCUACGGAUGCAUCAAUUCGUGGGCUACCACCUGCGAUUGAUGAACUGUUUUUGGAUGACUUAACAAGCAACACGCUUUCUCCAAUAUCUGAACAAAAAGAGCACAAGUUACUACCCGAUUUCUUCACUAGUCCACCCAUGACGUCUUCUUCACCCAUGCAAAUUCCCAAUUCGAACUCUCCGUUUGGUUCGUCACCACUAGUUUCUCUUGGUGAGUCAUUGUUUCAGCAAAGCAAAUUGACAAUUGACUUACCAACGGCUCCGCAACUGAAGGGAUUGAUGGGUCUACCAUCUUCGCUAGGUUCAGAUUUGUUGAAAAUGGACUUAACUAUUCCUCAACAUGAAAUGAGCAAAGAGGAGUUACAAAAAGAAUUGAAAAGGAAGAGUGAAGAACUUGUGGCUCAUCAUCAAAAAUUAACUGCUUGGGAGGAAGGUCUGAAACAGGCACGACAAGCUUGUGAGGCUUGGAAGAAGGAUGCAGAAUAUUACCGUCAAAUUGCAGAACAAGCAGAAAUAGAUAAAACAAAAGCAAUCUAUGAAAGGGACCAAGCUUUGAUACAACUUGAUUUGCUCAAGCGGGAAUUGCGAGUAAACGCAGCAAUUCGACCACCUUCACCUUUAGACCCCUUGCAGAACUUCUCGUCACCUAUAGGGUCAUUCACUUUAUUCGCACCAAUUAAAACCGAUAGUCAGAAUGAAAGCACUGGUCCGGUGUGUGCACGUUGUGGGCGUGAAAAAACGGCUGAUUCCCGGAAUUCGUCUUGUCGCCUUUGCUGUAGUUGA